AUCGGCCAUUUUGUUAUUUCAAGCAGAAAGAGCUAAUAUAGAAUGUAUUUGUCAUGUAUUUUCUCAAAAAUUUCAAUUAUACUUUAUUUUAAUUGAAAUUUUGUUAUAAACUGUUAUAAGGGCGUCAACAAAUGUCACUCGAUUCCGUGUAUUCUUGUUAAUCGAUUGUCAAGUGCAGCAAUUGUAGCAUUGGUUAGCGUAUAAAGACAGAUCAAUCAUGAUCCGUUUCAUCCUUAUUCAAAACAGAGCUGGAAAAACGAGAUUGGCAAAAUGGUAUAUGAAUUUUGAUGACGAUGAGAAGCAGAAGCUAAUAGAAGAAGUUCAUGCAGUGGUGACUGUACGAGAUGCUAAGCAUACUAACUUUGUUGAGUUUCGUAACUUCAAAAUUGUAUAUAGAAGAUAUGCUGGUUUAUAUUUUUGCAUUUGUGUUGAUGUCAAUGAUAAUAAUCUAUGUUACCUAGAAGCAAUACAUAAUUUUGUUGAAGUACUAAAUGAAUAUUUCCAUAAUGUAUGUGAGUUGGACCUUGUGUUUAAUUUUUAUAAGGUCUACACUGUUGUAGAUGAAAUGUUCUUAGCUGGUGAAAUAAGGGAAACUAGUCAAACAAAGGUAUUGAAACAACUCCUGAUGUUAAAUUCAUUGGAAUAAACUUAUUUAACAUUAUUUAAUUCUAUUAAUUGAAUAUAUUAUAUAAAUGUAAAAAGUAAAAUACAUCAAGGACAACAAA